AUGUUAAACCCACUACAACGAAUACGACCUUAUCAGAAAAGACAUACCUUAAUACUCACGUAUACAAGAUUACUUACAACUAACCACAAUUUUGUAGAAUUGGACAAAAAAUGGAGAGAGAGAUGGAGCCAGCAACAAAAUGGUGAAAAAUCCAUCCAUUCUCCAAAUGAAAAAGAUUUUUAUGCAUUGGUGAUGUUCCCGUACCCUUCAGGUGUACUACAUUUGGGUCAUUUACGUGUUUAUACUAUUAGUGAUGUUGUUGCUAGGUACAAAAAGUUGAAUGGCUACAAUGUCAUCCAUCCAAUGGGGUGGGAUGCAUUUGGAUUACCAGCUGAAAAUGCAGCAAUUGAAAGAGACAUAGACCCCGCUAUAUGGACUGAAACAAAUAUAUCCAAAAUGAAAGAGCAGAUGAUUAAUUUCCUGGCUGAUUUCGAUUGGGAUAGGGAAAUCAAUACGAGUUCGCCUGAUUAUUAUAAAUGGACUCAAAAAAUCUUUCUUAUGUUGUACGACAAGGGACUUGCUUAUCGUAAGAAGGCAGAAAUCAAUUGGGAUCCGGUUGACCAAACAGUUCUUGCAAAUGAACAAGUUGAUGCCAAGGGACGGUCAUGGAGAAGUGGCGCAUUAGUGGAAAAGAGAAAUUUGGAGCAAUGGUUUAUUGGGAUUACAAAGUAUGCUGACCGAUUGGUGAAGGAUUUGGAUCACCUCGGCCAAUGGCCUGAACAUGUCAAGACGAUGCAGAGGAAUUGGAUUGGAAAAUCCAGAGGUUGUGUUGUUCAUUUCCCUAUAGACUACGAUGAUGGUAAAUUAUCGGUUUUUACUUCAAGACCAGAGACUUUAUUUGCGGUUCAGUUUUUGGCACUCAGUUUGGACCAUCCAAUAGUAAAGGAGCUAUCUCAAAAUGAUCCCAGGUUGGUCAAGUUUGUUGAUGAAUCGAAAGAUGCGGGAUUUGAAUCUAGGGCUGGAUACAAGCUUCCUAUAAAUGCAUCUAUUCCACUCAAUCCCGAUAAUACAACAAAGUCUUGCUUUGAUGUACCCAUUUUUGUGGCACCAUAUGUGCUCAGUGAGUAUGGAUCAGGUGCUGUUAUGGGAUGUCCAGGGCAUGAUACAAGAGACUUUGAGUUUUGGAAACUACACGAGCCUAAUCAAUCGACUGUACAAAUUAUUGGCCCAAAGGAUCCAAAACAGAUGAAAAUUCCCUACACUUUGAAGAAAGGUAUUAUGCAAGAUAGCAGUACCCUUGAAGGAGGACUAAAGGAUCUACAACUGUAUAAAGGUUUAUCAGGAAAGGAUGCAGCUGGUGUCAUCACACAGCAAUUGACCAAACACGGUCUUGGAAAUGCAAGUACCCAGUAUAGAUUAAAGGACUGGUUGAUUAGUCGGCAAAGAUACUGGGGUGCUCCAAUACCAAUAAUCCAUUGUACAGAUUGUGGUCCGGUUCCUGUGCCUGAUGAUCACCUUCCUGUACUUUUGCCAAAGGUCAAUAGUGAACAUUUCACCAAGGGAAACCCUUUAGGUAAUAUUGGUGAGUUUGUCAAUUGCAAGUGUCCAUCAUGUGGAAAAGAUGCGAAGAGAGAAACCGAUACGAUGGAUACUUUUAUGGACUCUUCGUGGUACUACUUGAGAUACUUGGAUUCAAGAAAUGAUAGCCAACUAAUCAGCUCUGCAGCAAGUCAGAAUAUGCCAGUGGAUCUAUAUGUUGGUGGAGUUGAGCAUGCGAUAUUGCACUUGUUAUAUGCACGAUUCAUUGCCAAGUUCUUAAGUGAUUGUGGUGUUUGGGAUGGUAAAUCUUGUCAUGAUGAACCCUUAACCAAAUUGGUCACCCAAGGAAUGGUUCAUGGUAUAACAUAUGCUGAUCCUGAUACUAAUCAAUUCCUCAAGCCCGAUGAAGUCGACUUUACAAGCUCACAAGCACCAACUAUAAAAGUGACAGGUAAAACACCCAAAGUUUCAUAUGAGAAAAUGUCCAAGUCAAAGUAUAAUGGAGCCGAUCCUGGAGAGUGUAUUGCAAAAUUUGGAGCUGAUGCAACUAGGGCCCAGAUGUUGUUUCUGGCUCCGGUAUCGGAUACAUUAUUAUGGAAUGAGGACCAGAUUGCUGGGGUGGACAGAUGGCUUAGACGUGUUCUUGGAUUGAGUCAAUCUAUUUUAAAUAUGGAUAAAGUAGAGUUGGAUAGAGGAAGCCAAGAACUUGCCCGAGUGACAUUGAAAAGUCCGAUCAUUGGUGAGAAAACUAUUGGAUUGAAUGAAUAUGAGCUUGAUUUUUACAAUCAGAUUCAAGAUCUAGUUAAGAGUAUUUCGGACUCGAUAGAUAUCCACUUUUCAUUGAACACGGUGGUUUCAGACUUGAUGAAGAUGACGAAUCUCAUCACUGAGGCUAUCAAAUCCAACAAAUGUGAGUACGAUUUAGUCCGCGACUCCUAUGUCAAAUUGUUAAUCUGUAUGGCACCAGUUACACCAGCAACAUCAGAAGAAUGUUGGGAAUCUAUACAAUUGGCAGAUGGAUUAUCACCAAGUUCAAUUUUUAAGCAGUCAUAUCCUACUGAUAAGUCAAUCAAAUCUAAUAUUCAAAAGUUUAACAUCUUCAUCAAUGGCAAAGCUAGAGGAACAAUCAUGGCAGAAGAUGGGUUGAUUGGAGAAGGUGAUGAGAGUAUAAUCAAGAAGCUCAAAGAGAAGGAGGGGUUUUCUCAUCAUUUGCCCAAUCUGGUCAAGAAAGUUAUCAAGAAACCAGGAUUAAUCAGUGUUCUUGGAUAG